GCAGUCUGCGGCCAGCUACGAAUAGCAGCGUUCUUCGCGUGUCUACAAUCACAAAACAAAGUAGUCGGAAACAAAAGUACCAAGACUUCUGAAAUAAUAACUAAAUAAACUACUCACAGGUGGUAUUUGUGACUCUCAUAGUUUACUUCAUGUUUUGUAUCUAAAGAAUGCUACAAUAAUUAUUUAGCGUAACAAAUUGGGUGACAUAAUUGCGACAUCAUGUCGAGAUUGGCAGAAAUGCAGGCUCGCUUUCAGCAGAAACAAAUGCAAGAAAAAGAAGAAAAACUUCUUCGUCUGUACGAGAACCAACAGCAACGGGCGUUCGAUCGUGUGGGGCGUGGUAGCGCCGGUAGCAAUACAAGCGUUGGAUCAACAGGGGGUGGCAAAGUGCGGCAAAUGUUUGACGAACGAAGGCAAAAAGCAGGCGUUGACAGAAGUUAUCCGUUAGAACCUUUAAAAAGUACCAGAACGAAUGGCGUACCAUCGACAAGAAACUCGACAUCAAGAACUGUUGUGAGGUCUACGGUUUCAAAAAGUGUUGGCAAUAUAAGGAACGGAAAACCCAGUGGAAAAACCGAGGUGGUCCAGAGAAUCUACAACAAUAACAAUGGGGAUGAAAGCUACGAAGAGCACAGGUUUGAAGACGACAACUACAGAAGCCCAAGCUUCGACUUGAUAGAAUUGAUGAACCGAAGUAACAUCCAUGACGAUUUGGACAACGAAAUUUUGCCCCAAAUCGGCUUUGAUGAUGUCGAUGAACCGGUAGCAAUUCCACCAAAACCUUUCAGAGGAAAAUUGUCGAACGUUGGAGGAAAAUUGCCGAGUCAAAGUGUUCAAACGCAACGAGUACUCGAAGCUAAACCAGCUGCCUUGAGAUCUAGCAACGGUGUUGCUAGGAAACAGGCCCCGCCGGCUUCCGUUAAAAAAACCGCAAGAACAACACCGGCAACAACAGCAACGAAAACUCCACCUACAAGAUCACCAAGCAAAACACAAGCGAGAAGCAGCAUGUCCCAACCAGUUCCCAACACCGCCAGGCCGUCGGCCAAGCAGCCCCCAAAACAGAACCCCUCAACUAGAGACGACCUGGCCGAGUGCAAAAUAUGCCACAGAAGGUUCGCCGAGGAUAGACUGGCUGUGCACGAAAACAUUUGUUUGAAAUCGGCGCAAAGUAAAAGGAAAAAGUACGAUGCCACUAAACAUAGGUUGCAAGGCACAGAUUUGGAGCAGUAUGGUAGGAAGAUUUUGAAGGGUAGCAAUAAGGCACCCGCAAAACAAUCGAGUGCGUCUAAAAAAGACUGGCGCAAGGCGCACGAAGAAUUCAUCGCGGCCAUCCGGUCGGCGAAACAAACGCAAGCGCAUCUGGCGAAGGGGGGGAAGCUGAGCGACCUGCCCCCUCCGCCCCCCUCCUCCAACCCGGACUACGUGCAGUGCCCCCACUGCGGCCGCAGGUUCAACGAAUCGGCGGCCGAGAGGCACAUCCCCAAGUGCGCCAACUACCAAUACAACAAACCCAAUGCCCCUGCUGCCAAGCCCAAGCCGCCUGCCAGAAGAUAAAGUUACAACUCUUUUUUUUUUACCUCUAUAACUAUAAAAAUAAUAUAGCUUUAAAAAAUUUAAUGCUAUGUUA